GAGAGAGAGAGAGAGAGAGAGAGAAAACAAGUUAGAGAAAGAAAGAGGAAAGAUGAAAAAUACAAAGAAUUGAACUGUGAGAGAUGAAAUCUUUGUGACUUUGUAUCGUUACUUGGAAAUUUGACUGCAUGAAAUAUUGUACGUUUAGAUGAAAAAUGCUUGGCACGUGAAUUUUAUCUCCGAGGCAGUCCGAGGAAAAUGUACCUACUGGAUGCUCUGUGGUAGAUCACAAGAUAAUGAAAAUAUCGUACAGAAGAGAGUAUUGACAUGUAAUCGAGGAAUUUGACAUGGAGAUUCAAACAUUUGUAUUCUUUGAUUUAGAAACAACUGGUCUAAUUCAGGGGAAGGUAAUGCCAAAAAUUACAGAGAUUGCUUUAGUUGCCGUCUCGAGAGAAUCGAUAUGCAAUGGUAACAAAAAUUUUAUGCCAAGAGUUUUGCAUAAAAUGGUGCUCCCAGUUAAUCCACGAAAAGUCAUACCGCCGAAUGUAGAGCACCUGACAAAACUGUACAAUGAGGACAUGCAACUACUGCAACCUUUCGAGAACAAACUUUACGAGUUAAUAACGCACUUUUUGCAACGUCUCACACCGCCAAUUUGUUUCGCAGCGCAUAACGGCGACAAGUUUGAUUAUCCGAUAUUCUUAGGGGAACUCGAACGUAUCAAUAAGAUCUUUAACAAUGAAAUCCUCUGCAUUGAUACAUGGAAGAUGUUCCAAGAUUUCUUCAAGAAAAGAGACUUGGAGCCAAAGGUGGUCCAAGAUUUGUUGAACGAUGAGUACAAUGACUCGCUCUCCAUGUUGGAUAUGGAUGUGGUGAUGGAGGAAGUACCCAAAGUUGUUGCGACAACGUCCACUGUGCAAACAAUGCUUUUCUGUGGUGAUAAAUACACUAAAGUUAUAAACAAUAAUGUAGAGAAGUAUAGCAAUGAUACUAAUAUCCAAUCGUCGAACAAUCCUUUACAAGAAACGAAUGAAAAAACGCCAAAGAAUCAAAUAAUGAAGCUGGAUAAUGUCUUUGCACAGCGACCGUUCAAGAAAAACAACUCGAAAAAGAGAUUGAAUUUUGAAUGUGAAAAGCCGAUUAGCUUGAAACUUAAUGACAUUUAUGAGUAUAUGUUCGGCUUGAACUUCUCGUAUAAUCAUUCAGCCGAGGCAGAUUGUCUUGCUAUGAUACGCUGCGUCAUAAACAUUGCUGAUUUCUUCCUCGAUUGGUCAGAUAAUCACGCAGUUCCAUUGAUUUGCUGCAAAAAAACGUAAUGUGACGCUAUUAGUUGAUUGCAGACGAUAAAAAUAACAUGAAAAAUACACAAAAUAUAGAAAGAAUACGUGUUAUUGUCGUGAAUUAAAGUGCAAAGCUAGUAUGUACGAAAUUUGUGAAGUAAUAUUAAGUGUACUCCUCUGCUCAUAUUGAAUUGAAAGUGAGAAAUUGUUAUCAUAAUUUGACAUGGUUCAUAAGGGACGAAGAAUCACUUGAUUUUAUGUAAACAUAAAUUAUUUAUUAAAUUAAAGAUCUUUUAAAAAUUUUAAAUUGCCUUAAAUUAAUAUUUUUAGGAUCUGUAGCUACAAUUUUAUAACGUAUCACCAUUUCCUAAAAAUAUAAAUUUAAAAAAAUUUGAAAAAAUGUACUAUUUAGCUGUGAUUUACUUUAAGAAUCACGAGUCUAUGUGCACGAGUAUUAAGAUAUGACUAAUUGAUGAUUGAGGGAAGAAAGUAUUAUUUAUUCAUGUUUUUAUAAGUUUAAUAUAAAGAUGGCAAGAUAAAGAUAUUUUCAUACUA